UCCUCAGGGGUGGCGGAGAUGGGAUGUCCUCAUUUGCAUGGAGAUAACUACAAGCCAAUUGCUGCGCUGGAAGGGAAUUUGCUGCGCGAUUAAGCUCCUUGCCUUUCAUCCCCGAGGGCUGCUCGCUUCACUCGAAAGCUCCUUCCCCAUGCAAGGAGGCUGCACAAAAGGUCUGCAACGAAACCUUGCCAUGCUGCAGACCAGCUUGAUUUGACUGUUGUUUUUGACAACAGAAAAAAAGAGAGAGAGGAAUAAGAGAGUCUUAUCUGGGGGGUGCGGUUUGGAUGAUGGACAAAUAGAGACUCCCCGCUGAAAACGGCAAAAUGAAAUUCAACAGCACCUUGGCAAAAGCAUUGUACGACAACAAAGCAGAGUGUCCAGAUGAGCUCGCCUUCCGCCGAGGAGACAUCCUGACGGUUCUUGAUCAGAAUCUCCUCGGGAGCGAGGGUUGGUGGAAAUGUUCGCUUCAUGGAAAGCAAGGCAUGGCUCCUGCAAAUCGCCUCCAGCUCCUGACCACUUUACAGGCUCCUCCCUCCAUCCAGCCUGGCUCCCCAGGACCUCCAACCAUGCCACGGACUGUCUACCAGGUUCCUUCCGGGCGUAGGCCUCCUGUGCCACUACCCGUCUACGAAAAAAUGGACGGCUGGAUUAUGCCUCCUCCUCCUUCCUCUGCUCCGUACCCGAUGACACCAGAAGUUUACCAAGUGCCAGCAAUGGCGGCUACACUUCUCAGUGAAAAGACCCAAAGUUCAUCGGACCAGCACCUUUACACUCUUCCCAGAGCAACCUGGGCAUCAUCAAUGGAGAGGAAAAGUGAUAUAUAUGAUGUCCCAUCGCCGCAGCACCAUGUAUUCACACAGGGUCUUGCCACACCACCCUCUUCCAGAAAGGGCUCCAAACUAUUCCCCUCCAAAGAAUGUUACCUGGGAACAGCACAGCAGCUUUACGAUAUCCCGCUGAGUCCAGAAAAGCCACGAACUCACACACUGCAAGAGUCUUCUUUAGAAAAUGUGUAUGUCAUUCCCACACCACCUUCAAGAGAACGUGACAUUAUAGAAAGAGGGCCUCAAGGAAAGCACCUGGGCCCUUACAAUACUUUGCCAAACCUUCGGAAAUCAGAAUGGAUCUAUGAUAUACCUGUGUCACCCGAAAAAGCAGGGUUAAACUCAGCUCUUCAGAAUCGUUCGCCAAAUAUACAUGUGUUUUAUGAUAUACCACCAACGAGGCUCGAUUCUGGUACGCAGAAAAUCCUGCCAACAAAUAAUGAAGUCAAACUGGUAACUUCAGAAGUAUAUGAUGUUCCACCUGUACAAAGGAAACUAACUCUUCCAGAAAUUCCUCUGUAUGACAUACCAUCCACACAUGAAGCCUUAGUGCAGCGUCAGAAUGGUAACUAUGAUGUUCCUUUGGGUGCUCUGUCCUCCAUGAUUGAGAAGGAGAGCCAUCAACAGACUGUCUAUGAUAUACCAAGAGGAAUGCCUGUCAUUUCGUCUCAAAAGAAAGAAAACACACAGAGUCCUAAUUCUGGAGACCACACAUAUGUUUUCCCUCUACCAUAUUACACAGAUGGCAAACGAGACCAAGACCGAUUGUCUGUUUCCAGUGUAGACAGUAGAACCAGCACCAUAUCAACAUGGUCAAGCUCUUCCACUGAGUCCUCUUCAUCUGCAGCAUCCUCUUCAUCUGCCCCUUCUUCCUCAUCAGAAGAACCCACUAAAGAAGCCACAAUGGAACUUGAGUUUGCCAUAGAAACACUGACUAAGCUCCAGCAUAGCGUGUCCAGUUCAAUUGCAAGUCUCAUGAUCUUUGUGAGCAGCAGAUGGAGGUACCAAGAACACCUGGAGGGAAACCUUGAGGAAAUCCACCGAGCGGUUGAUCACAUAAGGGUCUCGUUGGGAGAAUUCUUGGACUUUGCUAGAGCCAUUGAAGGAAACUCUGCUCGGUCCUCGGACAGUAAACUUCAUGCGAGAAUUAAAAAGCAGCUGAAUAUCCUCACGGACUCGUUUCAGAUGCUGGUGGAAACGAGAGAGGCCUUGAAUAACUGCAAAUGGUCGCUCAAUGUUCUAGUCAUUGAGAAGCCUCAGAACAACCCGGACGAUCUGGAUCGGUUUGUUAUGGUUGCUCGCACCAUUCCAGAUGACAUCAAGAGAUUUGCGUCUAUCAUCAUAGCAAACGGGAAGCUACUUUUCAGAAAGAACUGCAAAGAGAAAGAAGGCAAGGAAUGGAGAGUUGGUGCAGAGCAUGAAAUAAUUAAGUCCGGAGCUGAACAGCGGGUAGAUACUCUUUUAAGACAUAUUUUAGAUAAGCCAAAAGAAAAUAGCCCAUGUCUGGAGAAAGCAAAAGCUGCCAUCACUGAAGUUUGUGAUGAUAUUCAGCAACAGAAAUCACCAGGACCGGAACAGACACAACCAUCUCUUUCAUCUAGCAAGGUGGAGAGGAAGAAUGUCAAGUUAAAAAUAAAGGAUUCUCCACCUAUGAUGAGGCAUAAUGUUGUGGGCAAGGAGGAUUCAACCAAGAAGAUGGUCCUCUCUGAUCUCUGCAGACUGUAUUUCGGUGCUGUCCAGAAGGCCAUUGGUGUUUUCCACAAAAGUCUUAGCAAUGAUCUGGCUCCUGAAGUUUUCAUAGCCAACAGCAAAAUGAUAAUUAUGGUGGGCCAAAAGUUGGUGGAUGCCUUAUGUCAGGAAGCCCUUCAGAAGGCCGAUCGAAACGAGAUAUUGUGUGGCAGCAGCAACUUUUGUGGCUUGCUAAAGAACCUGGCAGUUGCAACAAAAAAUGCUGCAAUACAAUAUCCAAGCCCCGAGGCAAUGAAGGAACUUCAGAAUCAAGCUGAUGGGCUGUCGAAGUAUACACAGCAAUUCCGAGCAAUGAUGGAAUGAAGCCAUCAUUCUUCUGGUGUUCUGAGGAUACUGACAGGUCUUUGGAUUCAGGCAUUUGUUCAGAAAUCCUGUGCUAUCAAGAUUCUUGAAUGUGGGGAGGAUUCUAGCUGCACUCAGUGAAACACUUUUAACAACCCCCCUUCAGAACUUCCCAUUUGACACAGGAAGGUUUGUAGUGGAGGAUGUGUGGGCUGGCACUUGCAGUCCCUUCACGGUGCAAGGUAACAAUAGGGCCAAACAGAAGCUGAAUUCCAACAAGGCAGACCCUGUGGGUGAGUAGUUGCAGGAAUUAGAUGGGCUGCCUAUUCUGAAUGCAUUACAUUCUCCCUGAAAGAACAUGUGUGAAGUUUGAAGGUGAUCCUGGAAACAUCAGUGUCACUGGAGGCCACCUUUUCCGCUUCCAAUGGUACACCGUAACUACAACAAAUCCUAGACUGAAAUAAGUUGGUUGCAGUGACCCAUGCGUUGGUAACCACAAGUUUGGAUUAAUGUAGUGUGCUCUUUGUGAGUCUGUUCUUAGGUUUGAUGUGGAAGUUGCAACUGGUGCAGAAUGUGGCAGCUAUGCUUCUAACCGCACACAUGUGACACCUCUCGUGAAGAUGCUGCAAGGAAUGGCAAUAGACUACUGAGCCCAGUUCAAGGUUUUGUUAUGGAUUUAUAUGACCCUAAACAACUUGGGACCCAGUUAUCUGAAAGAGCGCCUCCUUCCAUAUAAUCCUGUCUGUUCAUUAAGAUCUUCAGGGGAACCCCUCCUAGUGGUGCCAUGACCUACAUUGUUCCAUCUGGUGACAACCAGGAAGAGGCCAUUCUCUACAGUUGUAGCAGUGCUAUGGAGUAGUCGCUCCUCAGAAAUACAGCAGGCACAUUCAGCAUUACGUUUCCACCAACAGUUUAAAACAUUUUGUAUUGAUGCAAAUAUCUACCAGCCAUUAAUGCUGGCUUAAUUGUCCUCUGCUCAUUGUUUUAUUGUGUAUUUAUGCAGUUUGAUGUAAUUCUAUUGUAAUUUUAUCAUUGUACACUGCUUUGAUACAUUUUAAGUGAGAAGUCUUUUGAUAAAUAAAUUUAAAUCAA